CCACAUGAUCGGCCUCCACACUAAAACCACAUCACCAAUUCGAAGAGUCUCACAACACCUGCGAUCGCGAGGGUUCCGAGUCCAGUCCGUCGCCAUGGGAGAAAAAUGUUACACCCGCAGUUCAGGUGCCGAGUGCCCACCGUUGACUAAAGACAAGGUGCGCGUCUACAGCAUGAGAUUUUGUCCAUUUGCCCAGAGAACAAGACUGGUGCUGGCUCAUAAGAAUAUUCCAAACGAGUGUAUCAACAUCCAUCUAAGGGACAAACCCACCUGGUUCCUUGAGAAGUACGACUACGGGACUGUCCCCUUGAUUGAGAUUAACGAUAAGAUCAUCCCCGAGUCACUGGUUACUUGUGAGUACCUGGACGACGUCUACCCCGAGCCGAAACUGAUGCCAUCUGACCCAUACAUCAAGGCGAAGCAUAACGUACUCAUCCAGAGAUACAGCAAGUUAAUUUCCAAGUACUACAAGGAGCUGAGGUCCAAAGAGGGUGGAGAUGUAUUUGCUGAACUGAAAUAUUUUGAAGAAGAGCUGGCGGCUGUUAAGGGAGACUUCAUUGGAGGGGAAAAACCGUUAUUUGUCGAUUUCAUGAUAUGGCCCUGGUGUGAACGAUUCGACUUAAUACCCACGUUCUCUGAGGCCAGAGAGACAUACCCAAAGUUUGCAGCAUGGGUAGACGCGAUGAAGCAGAUACCGGCGGUUCAGGCAUGCAUGUUAAGCAAGGAUUUACAUAUGGGGUUCUAUAAGACUUAUCCAGAUAAUGCUAAUUAUGAUUAUGGUCUUUAGGCAUAGCAGUGAAAGACAUGACAGUUAAAGAAGCAAAUCUCCGGAGCAAAUCUGUCCUCAGUUCCUAUCGUAUUCCCACUACUGAUGAAAUACCAAUCUAUAUCUUUCAAACUAUUGCAUGGUACCAAUGGGUGUUACGGUGCACAGACACUAUGUCUGAAAAACUUUAAGUCGACACUUUUGCCAUGGAAAAGAAACGUGUCCACUACUGCUUUCCAAAUUCAGACACAGGCAGUGUAUGAUGUAUGUAGCCUGCCGAAACAAACACAACACGUUUAAAUAGCUUCAAAAGAUAAUAAUUAUGCCAGUGAUAUUAAGUGUUACCUACGUUUAAAGUGGGUUCAUAAUAUUUUUACCUUGGAUGAUGUCUCUAUAAAUGUAAAUGUAGUUGGUAUGAAAUUAACAGAUAUUCAUCAUUAAAUUAAUGGUUAUUGU